CACUGUCAAAAUUUGACAGCAAUAACAAAUGUUAAAAAUAUGUCGUAGAUAUUAGAAAAAAAAAACAAGAAAAUGUCUCUAAUGAAAUAUUUGGCUUUGGAUAAAGUAGCAAAUUUUUUUAAUAUCAUUCGUCUAAACGGUGGAAUCAGAGGUUCUCUGUACAAACUUUACAGACAGGAUGAAAUAAAAGAUGGUGUAUUGAUCGGCGAAGACAAAUUUGGUAACAAGUACUAUGAGAACCCACGUUACUUCUAUGGCAGAAACCGUUGGGUUGAGUAUGCUGACCAAUAUUAUCUAAACUAUGAUGCCAGUCAGGUUCCCGCUGAAUGGUAUGGUUGGUUGCAUUACAAAACGGAUCUUCCACCACAUCAGGAUCCCAGUCGCCCCAAGUACAAAUGGAUGGCUGAGUUUACUGAGAAUCUAUCAGGUACCACUGGUCAAUAUACUCCAUACAGUACCACCAGACCGAAGAUUGAACCGUGGGUGCCUAAGAAGGCUGGACAGUGAAGCAUAGAGAUCAACUAUUACGAAUAGAUUUAAGUAGAUAAUGUAAUAAACACGUUUAUCAUUUG